AUGAAGUUUCUCGAUUGGUACUUGAAGAUAGCAGCCGUUUCAGCCUUGAUUGGAGGUUCCAUGGAGCUAUUCAUGAUCAAAACUGGCUUCUGUUUUGCUGAAAAUCACGCAAUAGCUUCUCUGUUUGGUAGAAUUCAAUGUUGCGUCAGCUGCUUAUUUAUGUGUACAUUUUCUGAAGACGAUAAAGUGACAGUUUUGGAAUCAGAGAAGAGGGCUUGGGAGAAUUCGCCUGAAGCUCAAGCAAUGAGAGAUGCUCUCAAUCCUUGGCGAGAUCAUGAUAACCAAGAAAGAAUAAGUUCUUAG